AUGUUGUCCAACGUCGUCCAAGGGAAGCCCCCGUCAAGGGACGGCUGGCGAAACAACGGUUCAGCCUCGCCCGUCCCGCAACGGCCAACUACGCAUUCGCCAGAGCUACCACGUAUCACCUCCGACAUUGCAGACUUUCAACGGCCACCCCAGCUUGGCAGCUCGCAGCAGAGCCCCAGGCAUAUCGGCCAUGACGCCCAUACUGCGCUGCGCACUCCCGCUCAGCCAGGUUCACACCCACCUCAGUCUCACCCACCGCCUCAGGCAAGACCACAGUCGGGAACUGGCUCGGCAUCGACACCAGGCCGGCCCCGGAUAGAGGUGGUGCUUGAUGCCUCACCACACAAGUCACCCCCGCACAGCGGGCUCUACUUUGGCGAGGCCGACCUCGAGGAUGAGCUAGUCACGUCAGACCUCACGAGACAGGCUGCCCUCCCAGCUGCCCAGGUAUCCACAGCAGCCACCGCACCCGCCUCGGUGACGCCCGCCCCACCCACAACAGGCAAGCGCCCACGAGGCAGGCCCAAGGGCUGGCGCCCCGGCAUGCCCUCCUACAAGACGGGCCUGACCACGGCGCAACGCCCUCCGCCCGGCCCAAAGAGCACGGGGCAGAAGCGCAGGGGUCGGCCGCCCCGCCAGCCGUCGCCGACGCCGCGGGAGGUCUGGGAGAGGCAGCCGGCGCCUAGGUAUGUACCGUUCCUGUGCGAGUGGCCCGGUUGCAGGGCGGAGCUACAGAACGUUGUGAGGCUGCGGAAGCACAUACACGUGGUCCAUGGGCGGAUGAACCCGUUACUAUGCCGGUGGGCGAAAUGCAAGGACAAGACACCGGUGUUCACGCAGGAGUACGAUUUCCAAGACCAUGUGGACGAGGAGCAUCUCACUCCAUUUGUUUGGCACGUUGGGGACGGGCAGCGCAAUGAGCGGCCCAUGGACAAUACUGAGGACGCCUCGGAAGAGCUUCCGGCUUACCUGUUGGGCCCAGACGGCGAGCAAGUAACACCGUCGGUGAAGGGCCAGGAGAUUCAAGACUUCUUGACGUGGCGGGAAAAUCGACGACGACUUAAGAAGAUCCUCAUGCAGCGAGACGCCAACGCGCCAAGCGAGGAUGAUGAUGAGGACGGGUCGAAUGAAGAGCCUCUGCUCGCUUAA